GUGUGGUGUAGAAUGUGAUGGUAAAAAAAUAUGCAGAAGCGAGCUUGUGCUGUUGCCCUGACAACAAACGUCCACAACCCUCACCCAGGCUUGCUAUCUACUGACUAGCGAGCAGCGAUGGAUUCUAACGUCAGGCUAUUUAGUUUUGACCUCCAACAGACAGUUCGUGCUGCUAUGAAGAUCCAGAAAUUCUGGAGGUCCUACCAGGACAGGACUCUGUUCCACCUGCUUCUUCAGACAGUUCGGAAGGCACUCUCUAAUCCUGAAUGGCCUUCCCGAGUGCCCCAGGAGAGUUCGCUGACUCCUGCCGUCCUACGCCAGCUAAACCCUAGAGAGGCCCAACUCCUCAGAGACCCCAGCAUGCACUGCAAGGUGCGCUUCAGGUUCUGUGGGUCUCAGUUCCCACCCAUCAUCGUCUUUAAGAUUUUCCAGAGUGGCGGUAGACAGCACUACAUCUCAGGGAAGAAAAUAUUCAGGCCGUACAAUCAGGCCACACCCCAGACCUGCAAAAUCAUGGGAAACAGGAAGUUCCUGGACCUGCUGGUUACGGAUGAGCUGCUGCAUCUCGGGCAGCGUGUUGCUGAUGCAGCUGAUGUCGUCUGCAUGAGAGACUUCAUGCAGUAUUCCAGUCAUCUUGACGAACUGCCGGCAUACCUUGGUGGCCGUAGCAACAGCUGGCGUACCCUGAGACUCCAUCCUCUCCCUGGCCCCACCCUGAACUACGCCCACCUGCCCCUGGGGAGAACCGGCCCAGCGGGUGCACACCUGAGGCCAGACCUCCUCCAGGGGGUGCUGCAGGGUUGCCACGCUGCUGGGGAGACUGAGACUCCUGGAGGAGGAGCUAGAACACUCAGGUCUCCGGCAGCUCGUCCAUCGUCCUUUGCCUCGGUUCCUUCCUCCGAGAGAAAUCACUCCCAUCGGCAGACACCAUCCUCCUCACGAGCGUCUUCAGUACCCUCUUCCUCUCGGAGGUCUGGAAAAUUCCACCGUGCCAUCUCCAUGAAGAUGCGCCAGCUCUACAUCUCUGGCCACCAUAACAAAGCUCACCAACUGAGCCCAGAUUCGCCCCUGAGGGUCAGGCCAACGGACACGGUCCCUGAGGGUAAGGAGGAGGGGUUUAACAGGAGCCCCUCCCCUUUCUCAAACAAUUCAGACUGGGAGAAGGAACAGGAAGAAGCAGACAGACUGUGUGAUUGGUCAAGGAAUUUGGGGGAAUUUGAGGAUGAUAUUGAGCCAAUGAUCUGAUGCUUGUUGUUUUAAUAGCUAUGGUGUUAAUGAUUAUUGUGCAACAACAAACAAGGACUUCCUUUACACCAUGCAAACAAUAUACUUUACAAUACAACAUAUGGGGCUCCAUAUGGAAUAAUAAAUGAAAAUAAUGAAA